AGCGCCUUGAGCACCUAACAAGGUGGAUAUGUGCGCAAUAUAAAUACCCUAUAUUAUUAUCAUUGCACAAUUUGUCAUUUUAAUGUCAUAUGUUUGUGUUAAUUCCAUGCCAUCGUUUUUAUUUUUAUUCUCGUUACGUCAUUUUGAUAAUUGUCCAUCAGUCAAUUGUUCAUUUUCUCCUCUGUCAUUCGGCCAUUUCGUCGUUUUGUCAUUUUCUUCCUUACGUUACGUCUUUGUUUCAUUACUAAAAACAGUUUCCAAAAGAAAUGGUAACAUUGAAAAUAAAAAAAAGAUAUAAGAAAACAAACUAGAUGGUCAUCAUGAGUAUAUACAAUGAUUGUUCAUCUUCUACUCCCUCCUUAUAAUCAUGUUCAUACUUGUCAGAUGAUUCUUAGGAGAAAUAUAUCUCCCACCCCACGAUCGACAUCCAUGUCAACGAUUCAAGGAAAACAAUAUUGCUGCCUCGUAUUUCCACACCUUUUCAUACACACAAAGUCUUCAUUAAUUAUGGUCAUGACACCAUUUCCUCAUUAUUACAUUUUAUCAUUUAGUCAUUUGGGCAUUGUUAUCUAAUUCAAUUUUUAUUCUGUCCUUCAAUCCUCUCAUCAUUUUACCAUUUUCACCAUUUUUGUUUUCAUUUUCUCAUAUCACCAGUCAUUAUUCGCAAGAUCGUAUUUCCUUCCACUCCAUCUAGACAUAGUUCAAAAUUGAAUUGCUACGUAUAUUAUUUGUCUCUCUAGGAUAUCCAAUUAAGUUUAGUUAUUAUGGUAAAGCACCAUGUGUAAAGCUGGCCAAAUAUAAUGAAAAAGAAUAUGAAACACAUACAACGCAAGAAACAGAAAUCUGGGAUAAACUUAUUUUAAUCUAUGUUUAUUACACAGAACACAGGGUAAUCACAUAUAGAAUGGUAUUUUCAGAGGGUAUUAGACUCGUAUCAGUUAAUUUAAUGAAUAUGCAUUAUUUCUUUCCUCCCUAAGAACCGACUUGAUAUAUCGUACUAAUUCAAUCAAUGCAGUAUUUUAGUAAUGAAUUUCUUCGGUUUCUUCCUAACUCGUGUCGUUUCGUCAUAUUUCGAUGUCACUGUUUUCCCAUCUUCUCCUUUCAUAAUUUUGUCACACUCUCAUUUUUCUUUCCGUAAUUUCGCAAUCACAUAUUGUAAUUUAUUCCUUUUGCCAAUCAGAAUUCUGGUUGUUUUUGUCAUUUUGAUAAUCCUGUCGUUCAAAUCGGUGUCAACGGCGUUCAGUAAUUGCCGCUCCUUGCGCCGGCAACGGCGUUAUGCACUUCCGUAUUGCAACGUUGUAACGUUACUUGCAUGCGACAUCAUGGACAAAUUUGCAAACACUACAAAAAGUACAGAUUCAGCCAUCUCUUUUCAUUUUGCGAGUUAGGAGCCAUCAAGUCAACAGGAUGAAUAACCUCGAUAUAUCAAAACGAUACGGCUGUUCACUGUGCCAUAGAACGUAUAGUCGUAAAUAUGACAUGAAAAGGCAUCAACAAAAUGCACACCCUGAAAUGGAAAAUGCUCAUGAUUAUGCUGAAAAUGAAUACGAGGAUGAAGAUUCCAAAAACGAGGACAUUCAUAGUGAUGACGAGGGAGUAGAAACGAGUCAUUCAGAAAGAGAUGAUGAUACAGAGGACGACGAACAAAAGAGAGAAAUUUGAGUGAAGUAAUUAUCAUUUAUAAAUUUGACUUGGGAUAUAAAUCUGAUCAAGGGAAAAAGCCUUGCUUGAUUACAAUUUGAAUUGUAUACGCAAAAUAUAAAGAGUAGCUGAUAGGCCGUGAUUACUUUUACCCUCCCCCAAAGAAAAACUUCAAUUGCAAAGAAGCAAAUAAUAUAAAUUUGGUCCAAAUUCACAGAAUCUUGCAAAUACAAGUGAGCUUUAUUGACAUAAUAGAUUUAAAGGUACUUUUGUGUGGGUAGUGAAUUUUAAAGGAAACAUUAAGGCCUUGAAAGACAAUUCAUUAUGUGCGUACUUCUUAAAUUUUUAAUUUUAUAUCUGUUGGAAUAAAGAAAUUGAAAAUGGCUGCCACUCAAUUCGGCUCAAUUAUUCAUGAGAUUCUAAACAUGCUUUCCAGUUACACAUCAAUGAUCAACUCAGAUAUUGGUAAAUGUUGUCAUUGCAUGAAUGACAUCAAUGAAAGUGACACUUAUGUAACAUGUGAAUCUUGCAACAACCAUUUUCAUGUGGCUUGUGAGGGAUACUUGAGCAAUGACAAACUUGCUGAUCAGAAAUUGGUUUGGAUUUGCCCAUGCUGUGGCCAUAGCAACAUUGGUAAUCGAAUAUUUGACAGAGUAUGUAUUCCAUCUCAUUAUAACAGAUAUGAGCCUCUCAUGUCGGCAGAUGUUGAUGAUGACAAUGACAAUGAGAACAUGGAAAUCUUCAAAGACACAAGACGAAAAAGGAGAGCAAAGAAGAGGUAUGUUAAAGUAAAAAAGAGCACAGUGUUUGCAGAGCAAUGCAGCAGAUGUGAAAAUGGUGUAACAAACAAUCUGUCUCAUUUCAUAGAUGAAAAUUUGCUCAUUGACGAACUUGACAAUAACUGGGUGAAGGUGAAAUGCAAGAGAGCAAAAUUAAUGGCUAGAAAAGGAGAAGAAAGAUUGCAUUCCAAUUCAGAACAAGGAAAUGAACAGGACAGAAGGCAGAAAAGAUCAGUCAAUGGUGUAUUGUUGGAAUCAGGUGUUACCUACAUUGGCAAAGCAUUCAAGACGUUUUAUGGGAGUCAUAAGAGAAAAAACACAGUACAUGAAAAAGAGUGUAAGGUGAAGCAGAAGAUGAAAGAAAAAGAUGUCAGUUUGCAAUCCUAUGCAGAAAAUAUAUUGAGCAUUUAUGCUUGCAGUGUGCAAUCUCUACAUUCUAUGAAGGUUUACAAUGAAGCCUGUGAAGAAAUGAAAAGAAUGCAAAAUCAAUCAUACGCUGACGUAACUGCUAAUUUGUCUCCAUUGUCAAAACCUGAUUCUGAUCAACGCUGUAAUCAAAGAACUUGCAACAUUCUGGAAAAGAUGCAGGAUUUGAGACUAUACAGGGUCUAUGCAGGAGGUAAAAGAGGAAGAGGUCGAAAAAGGAACAUGAAAGGUCAGUUUAUGAAACGGGGGGGGGGGGGGGGGGGGGGGAUUAGUGCUGGUCCCAAGUGUGGGGAUAGAGGAGGCCCAACUGUAUUCAAUUGUACCAAAGGUUCAGAUGUACAUAGCAUCACAAGUGCAGACACUAUCAAGGUGGAUACCAGCUCCUCUUCCCUGAGUAGCUCAGAAUCUGAUUCAAGUUUUGGCAUCUGCAGAAAGAGACCACGAUUAGAUGCCCUCAGUGAAUCAAGUUCAUUCACUGACAACUCUUCUGAGACCUCUGAGGGUAGCAAGGGAAAGGACUAA